AUGGGUCUCACGAAGCCGCCCGUGAGGGCGCUCAAGGCGGCCAACAAGCUGAAACGACAGGAACUCUUCGUCGAGCACAAGAAGCUCAACGGCAAGGAGCGGCGAGAGGAGCGGUUCCGUCGGAAAAAGCAUGAAGACCAGGACACUUCCCUCCGAGACGAACGGCUGGCCAAGAACAAGCCCGUCACAUUGGACCAGAAGCGAGUCUGGGACGAGGGCGACGAUGACAGCCUCGGAUCCAGGGUGGACCUGGAGAAGCUCAAGAGGCGGCGGAUUGAGCAGGCUGAGGAAGAGGAGCGGCAGGCUGCCCAGGAUGCCGAGAUGCAGGAUGCCAGCGACAACGAUGAGGAAAACGACAGCAUGCUGGAAUCCGACGACGACGACGACGACGACGAGGCGCGGCAGGCGGCGCUUGAUCGGCAACGGGAAAAGCGCGCCAAGAGGGAUAACAGCAUCGCACCGUCGACGACGAGCACAAAUCUCGACCUAACGCCCACGUCGCUCGCCCUCAAGUUCCCCUCGCUCUUCUCGGACAUUCCACCGCCAGAGCCAAAGAUCCUCGUCACCACCUCUCUCAACUCGACCAUCCACGACGACGCCCAGCUCAUCUCAACCCUUUUCCCCAACACCACCUACAUUCCCCGGUCGGCGCAUCGGUACGGACACAAGUACUCGCUGCGGGAGAUUUGCAAGUACGCCACGAAUCGAGCUUACACGGCCGUUCUUCUCGUCAAGGAGGAUCUGAAGAAGCCCACCGGCCUCUCCAUUGUGCACUUGCCUUCCGGCCCGACGUUCCACUUUAGCAUAACCAACUGGAUCGAGGGCAAGAAACUGCCCGGCCACGGCAACCCCACGAACCACUACCCCGAACUCCUCCUCAACAACUUCAAGACGCCGCUGGGCCUCCUCACGGCCAAGCUGUUCCAGACGCUGUACCCUCCGCAACCCGAGUUCCAAGGCCGCCAGGUGGUGACCCUGCACAACCAGCGAGACUACAUCUUUGUGCGCCGACACCGCUAUGUCUUCCGCGAGAAGCGCACAACUGAGAAGAGCAUCGUCGACGCCGAAGGGAGAGAAAUGAAGGGGGUUGAGGGAAUUCGGGCAGGUCUGCAGGAGCUGGGACCCCGGUUCACCCUCAAGCUCAGAAGAGUCGACAAAGGAAUCGGGCGGGCUGGCAGCCAAGGCGAUGACGCUACGCAGUGGGAGUGGAAGUCCAAGAUGGAAAAGGACAGAAAGGUUUUCAAUCUCUAA